AAUCUUCACACAUUGACAGAUCUGCAUUCACUGAUGAUAGUGAACUCAAUGUUGAAUUAUUGAUUGAGAACUUGAAGAACAUGAUAAUGAAGAAAUUGCUCAUAUCAUGUGUGACUGAGUCUUCUGCAUCUUCUCCUGUUCUCUCUGUUUCUUUCUCUGCUGCUCACUCUCAAUCUUCUACACCUGUCUCUGUGUCUGGUUCUCCCGCUUCUGCUACCCCUGUUUCCAUGACCCUCACUUCUGCUGCUUCUGGUUUUGCCAUCUCUGCUUUCAUUAUCAGCUCUCCUCAUUUCAAGGAGAUAUUGUAUAGACUGAAUGAACCACAUUUCUCAAGAAUUAUCUCUUCUCUUAACAGUGUAAAAGAUAUCUGUGUUUUCAGAAACAGGAAUGCAGAUGUUAUACUCUUUUACACUCACAGACAUGAGACUU